AUGGACAUAGGCACUAAUGAACUCACUCGUCCUUUUCGGAUUCCUCGACGAAGAGUUGAAAGCAGUGGAGCCAAUUCCAUAUCACCUGAUAAGACUAAACGACGUCGAUUAGGUAAUGAAUCAGAUUCUCGUUCUCCACUUGCUUCAACAUCUUCAGCUCGCAGGCACGAUUCAGCAUUUUCUAGUCGCAUCAUACCACCAACUAAAAAAAAACCUGCUCAAGAUCAUCAGCAAAAUCCUUCUUAUCCAAGGAAAUCGAAGCCUGGCGAACUUUUUGAUAGAAUUUUAGAUUCUAUGGUAAAUCCUCCGAAGGAACGAAAAAAAGGCACUUCUCAGGAUGAUGGUGAACCAGGUCCAAGCAAUAUACCAACCACAGCUAACGCCAAUUCAUCUAAAAAGCCUGUUUCUGGACUUACACGCGAAGAUUUGGAACGCCAUCAAAAUGACAAUUCAGCAUGUUAUGCUUUUAUGCAGAGAGAAGGAUUAAUGGAACGAUUACUUGGACAUAAGAUGCUCACAGGACGUGUUGAUUCCCAUGUUGUUCUUGGGUUCUUACCUUUCGAUCCCAAAGAUACCUUGCCAUGCAAAAAUCACAAAAAUUCGUGCAGUAAAGGAGAGGAUUUUUCUUCAAAUUGUGAUCCACAACCAAAUACCUUUAUAAAUGAAGAAAGGCGAGGACCCAAAACACCUCCUGGUUCACCAGGGCAUGAUGCAGAUUCAUCAAUGCUUUCAUCUCGAGGAGUUGGCUCGGCCUCACCUUCAAGUCCUCCUCCUCCGCCUCCUGCUGACGAAACAGUUCUUCCUUCUUCAAAUGAUGCUAAGAUCAAAGAAAAUGAAACUUCUGAUUUAAUAGCUGAAAUGGCAGAACUUACCAAGCUUCCACAUAGUCAAUUAGCUGAAUGUUUGGGAGAGGAGCUGCAAAAUGCAAUGAAACAGGUCGAUCAUAAGGUGUUGCUUGAAACGCUCAAAGAUGCGUUAUUAAAAGUUGGCAAGAAAAGUGAUGAAGAAAAGGAUGGACAGCAAGUUUUGAAAGACGACAUACAUUUGCACACUGUAGAAAUGGAUCUAGAAAGUAAUAAAAGUAGCAUUGUAAAUAAUAUCGUGCUACCCCCUCCACCUCCUGCACCUCGAACACCGCCUUCAUCUCUGGUACCAUCCUUACCAAUGGGUAUAUCUUCUGCUACAGUGCCAAUGGCACCCAGUAUUUUACCAACACCUCCCCUGCCUCCAUUAGUAAUGCUUCAUCCCAAUGCGGGUUCUCAGGUGCUUGUCAAUGUAUCGGAAGCAGUAAAUGCCUCCAGCAUAUAUCCAUACUUUCCACCACCACCUCCUCAACAACUUACUAGCGCUCCAAAUAAGAAGUCAUCUGCGAUUGCUGUUCCUCAGACGCCUCCUGCUGCAUCUCUCAUGUUUCCUGCUGUACCCUAUGUUGGAAAUUCUUCCUUGGCAGUAUCACCUGUUCAGUUUGUACCACAUUCAUCAACAACAACACCUCAAUCUGCGGGGAUACUGAAUGCAUUCCAAAGUAUUCCCACACCUUCUUCCUAUCCGUCAUCAUACACCGAUCUUACUCCUCCAUUUCCAGUUUAUCCUGGUUCUUCGUCUCAGACAGUUCCAUCUAGUACAACAGCAUUCCUUUCUGGUAAUCAAUAUCUACUUGGGACACCUGCAGCGGAAAAUCACUACACUUCAUCUGCACAUGUUGCUGGUAAUGAUAAUUCAAAGCCAAAGCUGAAUAAACAUUUAGACGGUGGACCGCCACCGCCUACAGUACUGCAUCCUUAUGCUGGCGCAACUAAUUACAAUAUUACUAAUGUAUCCGUUCCCCCAUAUUCGUUGCCCACCGUCUCCAUUACAGCCACUACAGCGAGUAACUCAUUUAUACCUGCAACGAAUUCGGUUGUGCAUCCAGAGCAGAUAUCAAACCAUGUUCCUAUGCAAGAUACAUCAUUUGAAUGUGGGUCACGACAACAAACUCAUAUGAAUGAUUUCUGUGUUGCAAAUAGUAAAUGCAGCUUUCCGGAUCUGAAAACACCAACUCAGCAAUACCAAAAUGUUUCGACCUAUCAAACAAAAAGUUACCCAGUGCCUCUAUUUCCCCACCAUCAGAAGCAGCAACAAAAUCUGGUCCUCCCAGAAACCUCAUCGAGUUCUUUCGAGAAAAAUAGUGUUACUGGAAGUUUUAGUGCACAACAACAGCAACAAACACAGCAGGAAGAAAAACUUUUUUCCUCUAAUUUUUUGCGACCAGUGUCUACUCAACAUCAAACAGCUGUGGAAUCUGUAUCUACGUCGAGCAGUGCGCCUUUUAACGGCAAUGAGGCUGUACUAAGUGUGUCGAGGUUUAUUCCAUCUGGUACCUUGAAAGCAGAUUGUGGUGCUAAUGAUGCGCCUGUGGUGUCUAGUUUCAGUUCUGAGCGUCUGUCAACUGGCAGAAGUGUAAAGUCCUCUCCACUAAAUUUCAGUAAUGCGAAGUCAUCAGAAGAACCAGUUUCUGUUCCUUCCACGCAGAAUGUCAUUAAAACACUGCUUUCCGCUUUGUCUAUUCCACAAAGUAGUGAAACUAACGUGGGCAGUACUAGCAGUAUUGCUCCUAAUAAUUCUUCUUUAGUACCUGAGGCAAGUGAUGAUGGUCAGGAAGUUGAUUUUUGUUGGCCUCCAGCGAAUAUGGAUAGUAGCUGGUCUCAGGAGUCUGAUUCUGCUGCAUCUGAAAUGUGCAGUAAAUCGGCUGUACCACCAUUGUCCUCAUUAUCAGCACAGGUUUCAAGUGCUCCGCGAAUGACUUUUUUCAAUCAGACGGCAUCUACAAAUUCAGUGGCACAUCUUCGUGCUGGAACAUCCGUUGUUCGACUUCGUCAACCUUUCCUUCCACCUAUCUUAAAUAGAAUGCCUUUGAAUAGGUUACCUAGAGUGCCACCAGGAUCAUCACCUAUUUCAGGGCAAUCAUUAGCUCUGUUUCGAGCGGGAUCAUCUUUCAGAACUUCGGGACCUUCAUCUCGAUCUUCUUUAUCGGUCCUACCAUUAAGACCGCGAAUUCAUCCACCUUUUUUUGCAAGACGACCACCAUUUCCACCUAGACCUCCUCCAUCAGCAAUGCGAAUACCGCGACCAUCUUUUCCACGAUAG